AUGCGACAGGCAAAUCAGACACAGGUGACCAAAUUUCUCCUUCUGGGACUCUCUGAUGACCCCCACACCCAGAAGCUGCUGUUCAUCUUAUUUCUGGGCAUCUACAUGGUCACUGUCCUUGGAAACUUGCUUCUCAUGUUCCUGGUUCAGGCUGACUCUCGGCUUCACACACCCAUGUAUUUCUUUCUGUGUAACUUGUCUCUGGCUGACCUCUGCUUUUCUACCAACAUUGUCCCACAGGCCCUCAUCCAUCUCCUUUCAAGGAAAAAGACGAUUUCAUUCAGACGCUGUGCAACUCAGCUUCUGCUCUUCCUCAUUUUUGGGUGUACACAAUGUGCCCUUUUGGCUGUGAUGUCCUAUGAUCAGUAUGUGGCUAUCUGUAACCCUUUGCAUUACUCUAGCAUCAUGACAUGGAGGGUGUGUAUCCAGCUGGCUACAGUGUCAUGGACUAGUGGCAUUUUAGUGUCUGUGGUGGACACCACUUUUACACUAAGACUUCCCUAUCGAGGCAGCAACAAUAAUGUGCCACACUGA